CCUGGCCCUACAGCCGCCCUAGGCUCAUCCAGGGGUCAACCAGGCCUGUAGGGAAUGCAAACGCAGGGGGAUACAGCUUAAGUAGGCUAAAUACUAUAUAGCCUAUCUUUUGCGGCAUCUUUAAUAUUUUUUUGGUGUUUAUAUCUAAGCAUUUUCUAGUCAACAUGGCGAACUCCUCCCUUGACGAGAUUGUCCAGAAGUAUCCAAUUGAAUAUAAUUUCCUCCAGCCAAUAUUGGGUCGCCUUCAAGACGCGGAGCGGGUGUACAUGACCGAUGAAUCAGGAGAUGAAACUUGUCGAAAGAGUGUUCUAAGGUUUACGCACCUACGACAGUGUGAUUUCAACUACGAUCAUUAUCGCCCACUCGUCCGACUCGUCCUCGAGAAAGCACCAGAUACAGAUAUCUGGAGAGCUGUGCUUGAUCUCAUCGACACUCGCGAAACCACCCCGUCGAGCGUUCCCCGCUCGUUCGACGCUACGCCAGUGAGAUUCACGUCAUCGUCACAGAAAGGAUCUGAGCAGACGCGUCGGCUGGUGGAAGGGAGGAUAUUUGAAGAGAUUCGUGGGUGCACCUUUCGAGACGUGGGGGGCUUCUUCGCCAAAUAUUUUGAAGGAAAGGAUUGGAGCGCCAGGGUAGAUGCCAUCUGUCAACGCAUCCUGGAAAGUGAAUGGGCCAAGUUCCCUGAUCCCCCGGUGCAGAAUGCUGUCCUUGACUGGUGGCUCCGGUUCCAGAACAACUUCCUCUCGGACGCGCGUGGUGUCUACUUCUUGACAAUGAGCAAGAAGGAUCUCGUCGGCUCGGAGGCAGAGCGACAGGUUGAUCUUUUGCUAAAGGCCCGUCCACAGGUCCAGGGUGAUUCGGGAGAGAAACAUGACUGGAAGGAUAUCCGUGUGGUAGGCGAAUUGAAGAAGUCAUCGGAUGAGAUCCGGACAAAGGGCACACUGCUUCAGCUUGCACGCUAUGUGCGGGAAGUGUAUAUUGCCCAGCCAGCUCGCCAGUUCGUGCAUGCGUUCGCGGUCUGCGGGACCAAGAUGGAGGCCUGGGUGUUUGACUGCUCCGGGCCCUACAGUUCUGGCGUGUUUGAUGUUUAUAAGGACUCAGAACAGUUUUUUCGUAUAGUCCUAGGGUACGCGAUGAUGAGUGAUGAGGAGCUGGGUCUUGAUACCUUCACCACCCCAGACAGGAAUGCCAGCCGCACAAUAACCGUCAAUGGCUCUGAAAUUGCAGAGGAAAUAUUGCUGCGACUUGAUCCCACUCCACUCUGCUCCCAGUAUGCCAUUGUAUGUCGCGGAACAACCUGUUUUCUUGCAAAGAAUGGUGAUAAAGUGGAGGGUGUGGCGAAAUUCUCAUGGACAUCUGACAAGCGACGGCCAGAGGUUGACCUCCUCCAGCUUGCAUACCAGAGAGGUGUCCAGGGGAUUGCGAGAGUCCUUGGGUAUCGCACUAUCAUCAGCAUUGCGGACCUACGCCGCGGCCUGACAUUCGGCAAUCCUCACACCUUUCAAAGCAGGAACACCAGCGCGGCCUCAUCGCUCGCGCAGUCGCAAUCGCGAUGUAAGCUAUCCCGAUCGCUCACCAGAAAACGCAGAUCACCCGACACCAGACCACAUGCAGCCAAGCGAUCACGUUCCAGCAGCCAGCAGCCGAAAGCAAAACAGUUCGAGAAUGAGCUAACUUUCACCGUUGAGUCUGUCCAUACACCUAGCCUCUUUGACAAGAAUGACGAAGUUUAUGAUAACCGCAUCCUCCGCUGCCUGGUGGUCUCACCCGCUGGCCGGCCCAUUUAUGAAUAUAAAUCGCCUUUGGAGCUGCUCAUGGUGCUUCAAGAUGCAAUAAAGGCUCAUCGGUCUCUCUACCUUGAUGGGAAAAUUCUACAUAGGGAUGUCUCGGAGAACAACAUAAUUAUAACUGACCCUAAUAGGGUUGGCGGCAGGUCAGGCAUGCUCAUUGACCUUGACCUUGCCAAGGAGGUUGGGAGCGGGCGAAGUGGUGCACGACACCAAACAGGAACGAUGGAGUUCAUGGCUAUUGAGGUGCUGCUCAAUGUGGAUCACACCUAUCGUCAUGAUCUUGAGUCUUUCUUCUACGUGCUUAUCUGGCAGUGUGCUUGUCACGGCUGGAGAAAAUCUAAGCAAGGACUGGAGCAGCCCAAAAACAGCCUUCUAAAAAGGUGGUAUACUGGCAGCUAUGAGGAAAUUGCAACUUACAAACGAGGCAACAUGGAAGCUGGUGGAUUUGAGCGUAUUUGAUGAAGGAAUUUCCUCCAGGUUUCGACUGUGUCAAGCCGCUCUGUAGAGCCAUACGAGACAUACUUUUUCCUUAUGGGAAGAAAGGGCUUAUUGUUGGCACCCCGCAAGAUCCAAAAAGGCUGUACGAUCCUAUUAUCAAGGCGUAUGAGGACACGAUAGCUCUACUUGAAGCUGGAAAGGUUUAAUGACGGACUACAGAAGAAUCAUUCAGUUUGUCUUAUUCAAGGAUUAUAACGUAAAUCGUUAGAUCCAUAACCCAUGGCCGAAAGGCUGAUAUCCAGGCUACGCAGUAUGGCAAGGGACCUUGGAACAGAUACCUUUCUCCGGUGACCGUCGUCACAGUGCUGCGGAAGGACGUCCAGGUGUAAGGAUUCUACUUCAGGUUCAGCAAGAUAAAGCUAGCUUCAUUGAAAGGACAGCGAGUUUGGAGGGGCCCGUUGAGAUAACUAGUUUCGGGAUAGUUGAAACUUGAUUCUCUGCAGAGCACUCCCUACAGAGUUAAUAAACCACCUUGGAAAUCCCCAAACCGCCAGAGGGUUCAAUCAAGUGGGGAGGGAGCAAGAUGGUCUAUUAAAACUGACAGAGAUGGUAUGCUUACCAUUCAUACUAAGCUAUAGGGAAAUUCGAAAGCUGAGUGACACGACCUCAUUCCAUGCACCCGCUUGUUGCCGUAACUUUCGAACCAAGAGGGCGGAGAGAAUAAAAGCUUCACCCAGUCGAACGGUGCUUACAGCAUCCUCCAUCACCAGGGGAGCAUGCAAUCGUGCACCGCGCCAGCUUGGAGAUUCUUGAUUUAUUGAGGGUUGGGGAAGAGGUUACCGCAUGCAAUUACUUCUAAAGCCUGAAGUGCCUAGAUGAAGUCAUCUAUAAUCACUUCCCACCCCUGUACUCUGUAAAGGCCCAGCAAACCAGAGGAAAAUAUCAGCAGGCACAGAUUACCUUAGUGAGACAAUUGCAGGCCA